CGGAGUGCCCGGUGCGUUGUGGAUAAAAUUUAUUAAAUUUAUUAAUAAAUUAGUGAUUUAUUAAUUUUUGUAUUUACAGUAUAUAUCAAGCAUAAUUUUCAAAAAUGGUCCAAGAAACCGAAUGCAAAUUAAACGGUUCCUGCCAGCGUCCCUCAAACCCUGAGGAAACUAAUGUAAUCCACGGUCCAGCCGCGCCUGCCAACGAAGGUUUGAGGGGCUUUGGAGAAGAAAUUUAUGACAGGAUAGUUUUACAUGGCAACAGAGUAUCCAUGAUCGACGGAGACACCGAUCGCUCCACCACCUUCGACGCCCUUCGUGCACGCAGUGCAGCAAUUGCUCUAGCCUUAAGGGCUCGUGGAGUGACCAACAAAGACGUCAUAACUUUAGUAGAACUGACCACAGAAGACUCUUUUGCCAUUGUUUUGGGGAUAAUUUUCUCAGGAGCCACUUUAGGGAUGUUGGAUGGAGCCUGGACAGUCCCAAACACUGCCAGUACCCUACUACCUUUAUAUAAACCAAGGGUUCUGUUUACACAUGUUCAGUGUCUGGAUAAGGUCAGGAAGGUUCUGAAGGACUUUCCAGAGCAAUUGGGACAGACCGAGUUGGUGGUUUAUGGUUAUGAAAAUGAAAACGAGUGCCAAGGUGCUGUUUCGAUUGAUAAAUUUGUUGCAGAGUAUGAUGAAAAUGAUGUCCAAAAUUUCAAGCCAGCAAAAGUCGAAGACACAUCCAAAACUCCUCUCCUGAUUUUGUGCACCAGUGGAAGUACAGGAGUUCCCAAAGGAGUUGUCCACAAUCACAAAAACAUCAAUGACGUCAUCUUGGCAGCAGGAGCACUGUUUCCUCAAGCUUUAUCCUUGUUCACAAACGCACCAUGCUAUUGGACUUCAGGCAUCUACAUGUUUCUUAUAUCUUUAUAUGCAGGCAACAAAAAAAUUUAUACGAAAAAACCAUUUAGUGAACUCAACGUACUUGGGCUUGUCCAAAAAUACCAGAUCAACGCCUUGUUUUUAUCAAGUUUUCAAGUUUCACUUAUCAAUCAGCAUGAGAAGACACCAUCCUAUGAUUUAUCUUCGGUUUAUAUAGUUUUAUGUGGUGGUUCAAGACUUUCCGAUGGCCAAAUUGCAAAGUUGCAGUCUAGGUUGCCAAGAGGAGUUGUCCUGUUGGGUUAUGGAAUGACAGAAAUGUGUGCUGGUGUUGGCCUAAAUCCAAGAGACGAGCCUAAAGCUGGUUCAGUUGGUAAAUUGGGUUCAGGAUUGUCUCUCAAGGUUCUGGAUUUAGAAACGGGCCAACCCUUGGGCCCAAACCAAACAGGCGAGAUAUACAUGCGAGGGCCAGUAAUGUUGGGCUACUAUUCCAAUCAGGCCGCCACUGACGAAAUCAUUGACCCAAAAACCAGAUGGCUCCGGACCGGAGACAUUGGCCAUUACGAUGAGGAAGGAUACGUCUUCGUAACUGAUCGGCUGAAGGAGAUCGCUAAAUAUAAAGGACUCUACAUAAAUCCAAGUGACAUCGAAGAAAUCCUUUUAGAGCACCAAAGUGUAAAAUCGGCCUGUGUAAUAACUGUCCCUCAUGACGAGAACUUGCGAUUUGGUUGUGGCCUUUGCAGAACUUAG